CUUUGUGGUGCACACAAUCAUGAUCAUCAAGUUGGCCACGAACACCCCACCACCAAUCUGACGUCAAAUGCUACACAGUCGAGAGCGGUAGUGAUUCUAUUUGGCGACGGUGUUCACAACUUCGUCGAUGGGCUCGCCAUCGGUGCUUCAUUCAUGCAUUCGAUGAAACUCGGCAUAAUCACAUCAAUUGCCGUCAUAUGUCAUGAAGUGCCACAUGAACUA